UAGCAGAGGCAAAGGAAGUAAGGAAGGAAAGGGAGAGCAUAAAAGCAGCAAUGGGCAUUAGAAAGCGGUCUGUGAUUGUUGAGUUGACGAUUGAAGAAGGAAGGAGAGAGAGUGUGUGUGUGUGUGUGAUUCACAUUCUGAUCUUGAAUUGAAUUCAUCUCCAACUCCAUGGCUCCGGCGAUGAGGAUCGUUUUCGGUCUUCUCACUUUUGUCACCGUCGGAAUGAUUAUAGGCGCUCUCUCUCAAUUGGCCAUCAUACGAAGAUUGGAAGACUCUUACGGCACCGAUUCUUUGCCAUUUAGAAGAUUGCGUGGACUCGACACUGAUCGUCACCUUCAAUUGCCAAGAGGUGUUCCUUUUUGGAAUAAUGACAAGGAAGCAGAAAUCUUACGCCUUGAAUAUGUCAAACCUGAAGUGCUUAACUGGUCUCCACGAAUUAUUUUACUUCAUAACUUCCUGAGCAUGGAGGAAUGUGAUUAUCUCAGGGCUUUAGCUCUCCCUCGCCUGCAUAUUUCAACUGUUGUGGAUACAAAAACUGGAAAGGGAAUCAAGAGUGAUGUCAGGACUAGCUCUGGUAUGUUUUUGAAUUCUAAAGAGAGAAAAUAUCCUAUGGUACAAGCAAUUGAAAAAAGAAUUUCUGUCUAUUCUCAAAUACCAAUUGAAAAUGGAGAGCUUAUGCAAGUCCUGAGGUACGAGAAGAAUCAAUAUUACAAACCACAUCAUGACUAUUUUUCUGAUACUUUCAACUUGAAGCGUGGUGGGCAGCGAAUAGCCACAAUGCUUAUGUAUUUAAGUGACAAUAUUGAAGGAGGAGAAACAUAUUUUCCAUUGGCUGGUUCAGGUGAAUGCAGCUGUGGUGGGAAACUUGUCAAAGGGCUAUCUGUGAAGCCGAUUAAAGGAAAUGCAGUGCUUUUCUGGAGUAUGGGACUGGAUGGACAGUCAGAUCCGAAUAGUGUGCAUGGAGGAUGUGAGGUAAUCUCUGGGGAGAAGUGGUCAGCUACCAAGUGGUUGAGGCAGACGACUCACACUUGAUUUUUUAGCUGUCAACAUCUUGUGCGGUGUGACUCAAGAAAAAAAAAAUCACUAAUUGGAUUUCCCCCGUUAUAUUUGUACUCAUGAAAAAUUAGUUAUUGAUAUUAUAAGCACUUGAUAGUGUUAACCUUCGAUCAAUAAACUACAGCAUAAUCUGAUAUUAUUAUAAGAUGCUCCAUGUAUGGUUUUAUCUAUACCAUUGGUUGCGAAUGAUAUAGUCCUCAUUUAUUCAA